AUGAAAGAUUGUUUUUAUAUACUGAGAAUUGUAAUCCACUCUUAUUUUAGUGUCCGAUCAGAUGCAGUAGUUUUUUACUUAUAAUUAGUUAGACCACGAUUUCAUCAAUUCAUUUAAAGCUCCCUUUUGUGCC